AUGCCUGGAGCUGCCACCGCCGCCGCCGCGAUGCUCCCGGCUCAGGAGGCUGCCAAGCUAUACCACACCAACUAUGUGCGGAACUCGCGGGCCAUCGGCGUGCUGUGGGCCAUCUUCACCAUCUGCUUUGCCAUCGUCAACGUGGUGUGCUUCAUCCAGCCCUACUGGAUCGGCGACGGCGUGGACACCCCGCAAGCCGGCUAUUUCGGGCUCUUCCACUACUGCAUCGGCAACGGCUUCUCCCGGGAGCUGACCUGCAGGGGCAGCUUCACGGACUUCUCCACGCUGCCCUCGGGCGCCUUCAAAGCCGCCUCCUUCUUCAUCGGCCUCUCCAUGAUGCUCAUCAUCGCCUGCAUCGUUUGCUUUACCCUCUUCUUCUUCUGCAACACAGCCACCGUGUACAAGAUCUGUGCUUGGAUGCAGCUCACCUCCGCUGCCUGUCUUGUGCUUGGCUGUAUGAUUUUCCCUGAUGGCUGGGAUUCAGAUGAAGUAAAACGGAUGUGUGGAGAAAAGACAGACAAGUACACUCUUGGGGCCUGCUCUGUCCGCUGGGCGUACAUCCUGGCUAUCAUUGGAAUAUUGGAUGCCCUGAUCCUCUCAUUUCUCGCAUUCGUGCUUGGGAACCGACAAGACAGCUUGAUGGCGGAGGAACUGAAGGCAGAAAACAAAGGUAAGAUUACUUAA